AUGCACCUAUCUAUUAUUUAGUUUUACGUGCAACACCUAAAGAAAAAAGUCAAACCAUUUUCAUUAUGUUCAUUAUUACAAUACCUACUCCAUUAGUGUAAUAAUAUAACCGACUCUUCUAAUUCUGGCAAAUAAUACCAACCACCGUAUUGUGCAUUGAAUAAGAUUAGGUUCAUAUUAAAAUAAAGCUUCACCAACACCUUUACCAUGUAGCAACAUCAUUCAACUGGCACUUAGCGGGUUCACCAACUGUAUAAGGUGAAGAAAAAAAAUGACUCAAGUUUGUAAUUCAAAAUUACAACAAACAAAAUAACUGCCUCUGCUGAUUGCCUUAAGUUAUACAAAGUAUUCCAUUAAGCAGUAGCUCUUUAAAUGGAGGUGAUUCACCGUGGCAAGAAGCAUUGUUCCAAAGAUUGACACCUGAUUGAUGGUGAGGUCCUCUGAUUCUGCACACCUUGGGAUGGUUGAUUAGAUUCCUCUAUGGAUAGCCCCAAAUUCAUCACAAGUGAAGCUGUUCCAACUCAAAAGAAUGCAAAUCUAUGAAUAAAAAGGACUUAAAGGUUUUAGUGAAGAUUCAUAUUAGCUCCUAAUCAGGAGAACUUGUCGUCACAUGCCGAGGUGAAAAGGAAGCUAAGGAAGGGAGAGCAAACAAGCAACAAAAAGGGGCCAUAGAAAGGAUCAAAGGGAAGCAACAUUGGUGGCCAAAGCUGGCUCACCAACGUUGCCUCAAACGUUGAGGAAAGAAGAAGAGACCAACGUUGGAGCCAAAGUUGGUGCUCCAACGUUAGGUCCAACGUCCAUGCUUAAAGAGGUGCAAAGUUGGAGCCAAAGUUGGCUUCCAACUUUGCCCCAAACGUUGGCCAAGAAAAGUGCAUAGUUGGAGCCAAAGUUGGACUCCAACUAUGCCUCAAACUAUAAGCAAGAAGGCAACAUUUGAGCCCGAAGUUGGACCUCAAACGCUACCUCAAAUGUUGGCCAAGAGAAGGGUGCAUAGUUGGAGCCAAAGUUGGACUCCAACUAUGGGUCCAACAUUGAGGUAGAAAGGUGCCAACGUUGGAGGAAACAUUGGUGGUCCAAUGUUACCUCCAACGUGCUCGAAAAAUUUCAAGUUUUGGAGAGUGGGAAAAUGUGCAACGACGCGUACGCGUGGAUGUGCUUUUUAGCCAAUCGGCACGCACGCGUAGGUCACGCGUACGCGUGGAUAGGCAGAUGUUGGUGGUCCAAUGUUGGGGCCAACAUGGAGUCCAACGUGCUCAAUAAACUUCCAAACCAAAUUGUGAAGGGACGCGUACGCGUGGUUCACGAGUACGCGUGGAUGAGUAAUUUUGCCAAUUGACGUGCAUGCGUAGGCGACGCGUACGUGUGGAUAAGCAAACGUUGAACUCCAACAUGAGGUCCAACGUUGAGUCAAACGCUGGGUUAAACUUCAGGGCCAACGUCCCAGCCUUGUUUGGCAAAGUUUGACCCAACGUUUGAGCUCAAACCUUGAACUCCAACGUCAACCCAACUUCAAUACAAAAACGCACCCAGGGAGAGUAUGAACGUUAACUUUUAAACGUCCUCAUCAAACGUCACUAAAGGCCACUCUCAACUAGCUUCAACAGAGUCCAAAGGGCCCAGUCCAAGUACUUGAAGAUUGAAUGAAGAAAGUGUAUAAAUAGAUUAGAGUUUAAGUUAGAAAGGGGGGUGCUUACACACUGAGUGCUGUAACUCUGCCCAAUUUUAUUCUGCAAAUUUUAGUUUACUUUGAAUGUACUUUUUCAUUCCAACUUCCAUUCCCAGAGCUAUGAACAACUAAACCCCUUUCAUUGGGUUAGGGAGCUCUGUUGUACUUCAAUGGAUCAAUAGUAGUUUCCAUUCUUUUUCUUCUUUCUUUUCUCUUGAUUUUGCUAGAAAGCUUUCGGUCUUAAUUCAAUUGAGCAGUUGGCUCGACGUAGAAGCUGUUCAUAUUUGGAUUUUCUUUGAGCCUCGAGAGAGGGAUGAGGAAAUCAUGCUAGAAAUGCUUUCUCAUGUUGGACUGGAUUGGGGGUUGGAUGGAUAUAGUGCAUGUAAUCCUACCAAUACUUUGAUCUAGAAAAACAUGUGGUAUAAUCAGUGACCAUACUUCAUCUCUUCCCAUGAACAAUUAAACCAAGACAUUGGGCAAUUGUUCAAGCUUAGAGAGAUUGGUGAGGCAAGACAUUAGAAUCCAAUUACCUAAGAUUGCCAAGAAAAUCAAUGAGUGUCUUGAUUGAGGAAGAGAUGAAGAUGAACUUGAUCCGGAGAAUGCAACAUCUCCUAAGCCCAAUGAAUUCUCCAUCUCUGAUCUACCCAUUCUCUUUAAUUUCUGUUAUUCAUUUUUAUGUUUAAUCACCCCAUUCCCAUUUAUUUUUCUGCACUUUAAUUUCUUCUCUCUACCUUCUGCAGUUUACUUUUAGUCAAUUACAUUCUUUGCAAUUUACUUUUCCCGCCAUUUAUUUUUCAGCAAUUCCAUAUUCAAAUCUGCCUAGUUCAACUAGAACACUCCUCCAAUUAAAGUUGAUCAACCAAUCAAUCCCUGUGGGAUUCGACCUCACUCUAUUGUGAGUUUUUACUUGACGACAAUCCGGUGUACUUGCCAGUGGAAAUUUGUCGAGAGACAAGUUUUUGAGCAUCAAGUUUAUGACGUCAUUGCCGGGAAUUGAUUUUGUAUUGACAAUGAUUAAAUUGGAGGAUAACUAGAUUGAGCAAUUUUCUUUUCUUUUGUUGUUUACAAUUUCCUUUUGCACUUUCAUUUAUUUUUCUUUGUUCUUUUACUUUUCAGCUCAACUAAUUCACUAACUCCACUAACUGUUUGAUUAAUUACUCUAACCACAUUUUUUAUUAACUAUGAGUUUUCCACUUGCUGUUUGCCUUUGUUUGCUGAGUGCAUGACAGGUAGACGAGGUGAGACUUCAACAUCUUUUGACAGUGUACCCGAAAGAACCUUCCUUAGAUUAAGGAGGGAAGCAAGAGGCAAGGGAGUAGUUGGAGAAGAAGAGUUGGAAGAAGAUCUAGACAUUGUUAUGGAGGAAGAGGUUCAUAACCAUGCUGGAGAAGGUGCUGGUAAUCAUGCACCACAAGAGAGGAGAGUGCUAGGCUCAUACAUUAACCCCAACCCUGGGAAUUGUGGGAGCAGCAUUCUAAAGCCAACCAUCCAUGCCAACAAUUUUGAAUUAAAGCCACAACUCAUCACCCUAGUUCAAAACAAUUGUUCUUUCGGAGGGAGUGUCCAAGAAGACCCCAACCAAUAUCUAACCACCUUCCUGAGAAUAUGUGAUACUAUGAAGUCUAAUGGUGUUCAUCUUAACACCUAUAGAUUGCUCUUGUUCCCAUUCUCUCUCAGGGACAAGGCAUCUAAGUGGCUAGAGUCAUUUUCUAAGGAGAGCCUCACAACUUGGAAAGAUGUGGUAAACAAGUUCUUGGCAAGAUUUUAUCCCCCACAAAGAUUUAAUAGGCUGAGAGCAGAGGUUCAAACAUUCAGACAACAAGAUGGGGAGACGCUUUAUGAAGCAUGGGAAAGAUAUAAAGACUUGACAAGGAAGUGUCCCCCGGAUAUGUUCAAUGAGUGGGUGCAACUACAUAUUUUAUAUGAGGGACUGUCAUAUGAGUCGAAAAAUGCUCUAGACCAUUCUUCUGGAGGCUCUCUCAAUAAGAAGAAGACCAUUGAAGAGGCUAUUGAUGUCAUUGAAACAGUGGCUAAUACUGAGUAUCUCUAUGCCUCUGAAAGAAGAAACAAUAGAGGAGUGAUGGAGCUGAAUAACAUGGAUGCAAUUCUGGCUCAAAACAAGAUGAUUGCUAAGCAACUAGCUUAUCUAACCAAGCAAAUAGAGAAGAAUCAAGCUACAGCAAUCCACACUUGACCAUCAACACAAGAAGAGCUCAAUGCAGAGGAAGGGGAAGAUUGGGAGCAAGCCAACUACAUUGGAAAUUCAUCAAGACAACCCCAUGACCCAUACUCAAAAACCUACAACCCUGGUUGGAAGAACUACCCAAACUUUGGGUGGAAAAACCAAUAUAACUAGAGCCAAGACCAAAGACCUCACAACUCCAACUACCACAACAACUCAACCUACCAACAACCCAACCAGAGAUCAUACCAACCCUCAUAAAACACCUAUCCCCAGCCUCCAUAUCAAGUCCAAAAUAGUCACUCUCAACCCCCAAAUUCUAACCCACCACCACCAUUAGAGGAUAGGCUGUCCAAGAUUGAAGCCUUGUUGGAAAAUCUUUGUAAAGACGUUCAAGACAACAGAACAUUCAAGGAGGAAGUAAGGGCUAGUAUGAAAAGUCGAUGAGAGACUAUCAAGAAUCUUGAAUCCCAAGUAGGAUAUUUGUUUCAACAAAUCCCUAAGCCCACUGACAGCUUUCCAAGUGACACUGAGAAGAAUCCAAGAGGAAAAACAAAAAAAGUGAGAUGGGAAGAAUACAAGGCAACUACCCUUGCAAGUGAAGAUGAUAUGGAGGAAGAAAUUAGCAGGCCAUCAGAGCAUACCCAAGGAGUUCCAGAAGGGAAGAUGGAAGAGGCAGAACAAAUGACUAGCCCUGAACAAAAAAAGGAAUCAAAAGAGAAAGAAGUCCUUCAACCUUAUGUGCCAAAAGCACCAUUCCCUCAAAGACUCAGGGAUGGUGAGAAGGAGAAAACAUACACUAGAUUCCUGGAUGUAUUUAAGUCUCUUCAGGUCAAUAUUCCCUUCCUUGAGGCCCUUCAACAGAUGCCCACAUACAUUAAAUGUAUGAAAGAGUUUCUGACUAAGAAGAGUACCCUGAAGGGAGGACAGACAGUAGUGCUGAAUAAGGAAUGUAGUGCUCUCAUCCAGAAGAACAUGCCUACAAAGAAAAAGGAUCCAGGAAGUUUUCAUAUUCCCUGUACCAUAGGAGAUAUAAUGAUUGACAGAGGAUUUUGUGAUCUGGGAGCAGCAUAAAUGUAAUGCCUUUAUCUCUCAUGAAGAUGCUGCAAAUUAAUGAGUUGAAACCCACAAAUGUGAUCCUUCAAUUGGCUGACAAGACCUAGAAACAAGCACUAGGAGUAGUGGAAAAUAUAAUGGUAAAGGUUGGGAAGUACUUCCUUCCUACAGAUUUUGUUGUUCUUGAGAUGGAAGAAAGCUACCUCCAUCUAAUCAUUCUGGGGAGACCUUUUUUGGCAACUGGCAGAGCACUUAUAGAUGUUGAGCAAGGCGAGUUGAUAUUGAGGAUACAUGAUGAGCAAUUCACCUUCCAUGUCUUCAAACCCUCACAUGAUCUAGAUCAAGAGAAGGAAUGCAUGAAGGAUGAUCUUAGUGAUACAAACCUGAAAGAAGCACCCAUUGAACCAUCCCCAGAGAAUCUGAAGUCACACCUAAAAGAGAAGGAAGAAGUAAAGGUGACGUUACAGACUAAGGAAAUUAAGGAGGAAUUAGGGUCACAACUCUCACAUGAGACAAGAAAGAAGGACCCUCAUGACACUGGCACUGGAGUAUUACUUGAAGAAGGGAAAAGAGUUGGAAAGAAGACACCAAAGGGAUGGAAGAAUAAGAAGAUCCCUACAGAGGAUUUUUUUUCCUAGGGACAAGGUGAUAUCAUGGUUCUAAAAACCGAACUGGACCGGUCGAUUUAACCAGAAUAAUCGGAAACCGGUCACCUAGCCGUCCGGGUAAGCUCAGAAACUGCCUGGCAAAAAACCGGUAAAAAAACUGGGUGAAUCGGCGGUUAACCGGUGAACCGGGAGAACCGUCCGAUUUUUUAGCAAUUUUUUGUUUGAAAGUAAAAGUGCUAAACGGCGUCGUUUUGUCUCUUAAAAAAAGAAAGAAAGAAAAGAAAGGUUAAACGCCUAACGAAGCCCUAAUCAGUAAUCAGAAAUCACCUCGAAGCCAGAAGAGGAAUCAGCAGUUCAGCACCCACAGCAACUAGCUCUCUCCUCUUCGCAAUCGCAUUGCCACCACCACCAAUCGAGCAGCCACCGCCAUCGCCACCGCAUCCCGCAGCCACAGCAACGACGGCGUUGACCACCGCAACCACCACCUCCUCCUCGUUGGUCGUCGCCGAGCUUGCCUCCUCUUUCGUCGUCGCCGAGCUCGCCUCCUCUUUUGUCGCCGUUACUCGCCGCCAGUAAUAUUCUCGGUUAUUCCUCCUCACUGCCUUCUGAUUUUCUGUGCUUGAUUUUAUGAUUUAUUUGUUUGCGAUUUUGAUUUAUUUGUUAUCUGUUCAUGAUUUGUUUGUUUGCUGGAUUCAUGAUUUUGAUUUUUGAUUUUCUGAGGUUAUUUGUUCAUGAUGAAUUUGUUUGCUGCUUCAUGAUUUUGGUUGCUGAAUUAUUUAUUUGUUCAUAGUUUUCUGAAGUUAUUUUCUGGUCUUUGAUUUUCUGAUUAUUACAG